AUGGCCUACAAAGAUGGAAAUGUGUCGGACAAUGAUGAGGUCCGAAACCAGAUGGCUUCACAAGAAACAAUGUCAAUAGAAAAGGUAAGGGUAUUAAGACAAAAAAUGACAGAGAUGUACGAAGCUUGGAUGAGUGGACAAGCUCCACCGUCUUCAAUCCGUGACUAUCUAAAUACAAAUAUGUCACCCCCUAUCCAAGUGUCGACAAAUGAUCCAAUUCAUCCACCUAGAUUCGGCCCCUAUGCUAACGCAUCAAACGUUGCUAGAACUUCUAUGGUGCGUCCUUGGAGUGCACCUAUGAUGAAUAAUCCACUUUUCAUACUAACUCCAUCGACUAAAACAGUCCCACAAUCUAUAAUGGAGCCAAAAUCCCAUAAUGAUCCUCCCCCCAAAGUUCAUUAUGAUCGAGAUUAUACCCCUGAAUUGACUUUUAAAAUUCCAGGCUCUUACCCUCAUACUCAUCAGUAUAGUUCUCCUGUUGAAGCUGAAAAAGCUGUUAAGAACGAGGAACAUAAAGAAAUGACUAAAAAAAUAAAGAGUUUGGAACAAAGUGUAAAAAAUAUGUUAGGAUUGGGAGGUCACAAAAGUUUCUCAUUUAAUGAUUUGUGCAUGUUUCCCCACGUUCAUAUACCCAUCGGCUUUAAAACUCCAAAGUUUGAGAAAUAUGAUGGACAUGGAGAUCCUGUAGCUCAUUUAAAGAGAUAUUGUAAUCAACUGAGAGGGAAUGGGAGCAAAGAAGAGUUGCUUAUGGCUUAUUUUGGAGAAAGUUUGAUGGAAAUCACCGCAGAAUGGUUCAUAUAUCAAGAUACUUAUAAAUGGCCUACAUGGGAUGAUUUGGCUCGAUGUUUUGUACAACAGUUUCAAUAUAACAUUGACAUAGUUCCAGAUCGUACUUCACUUGCCAACAUGAGGAAAAAGACCAUCGAAAAUUUUCGUGAAUAUGCUAUUAGGUGGAGAGAGCAACCUGCUAGGGUUAAGCCGCCAAUGAAAGAGUCUGAAAUGAUUGUUGUUUUCGUCCAAGCGCAAGAACCAGACUAUUUUCAUUAUUUACUUUCCAUUGUUGGGAAAACAUUCGCCGAAGUUAUUAAAAUUGAUGAAAUGGUGGAAAAUGGCAUCAAGUCUGGAAAGAUUGUAAGUCAAGCUGCCUUGAAAGCCACAACACAAGUGAUUAAAAAUGGAUCGGAAAAUCUUACGGGAAAGAAAGUGAAGGAGGAUGUAGCAAAUGUUGUGUCAAACACACAAAAAAGUCCAAGGGGUCUACUUUAUCAAUAUGCACCACCUCAAUUCCAUCACUAUCUCCCCAUGAAAGACAUACAGUACUCUAUUAUCCCGCCUAAAUAUGCAGUCUAUAGUGCACAACCAUACGCACAUCAGCCGAACUAUCCUCAAUGGUGA